AAACCAAUAAACCUACACUCUCCGCCGGUGCCCACUUACCCAGUUGCUUUACACCCCAUCACCAUAAACUGAUAAACUAAAAAAAAAAGGUAGUGUUAAAUUCAGUUUAGACAGUUGUUACGUAAGUCUUGCAGAGAAAUGAAAGCGUUAGGCCUUGUUGCUGCUCGUGCCCCAACGGGGUUUACAACUUCUUUCCACGAACCUAAGCAGAAGCCUCUUCGGAACAAUCCGUUUUGCGUUUCUUGCUCUUCUUCGUCCAAAACGGUACAAGAACAAGCUAAAACUGCUGUUCUAAAAUCUGAAUACAAGCCCGGAGUGUUUGAUGAUUUUUUCCUCAAUUUAUUCCGCAACAAAUUGGUACAGGAGGUAGGAUGGGACUCACAGAGACCUGGAUAUGAUGGGCUUAUCGAAGUUGUGAACCGUCUAAUGAUGAAGGGCAAAACAAAUUCUGAUACCAUAGAAGCAGCGGUACGAGUAUUGAGGGCUCUGUUCCCUCCAUUCCUUUUGGAGCUCUAUAAAAUCUUUAUAGCUCCUUUGGGAAGGGGCAAAAUUGCUGCUAUGAUGGUUGAUAUCCUAAAAUGUUUUGGGUUUGAAGCAAGGGUCACCGCACUGACUUGUCAAUGGCUCAUGGGCCCAUGCAAAGUCAAUUCCGUGGAGCUACCGGAUGGAACCUUAUGUAGUAGUGGGGUGUUUGUGGAGAGAUGUAAGUACUUGGAGGAAAGCAAGUGUGUUGGUAUUUGUAUCAACACUUGUAAGUUUCCAACUCAGACGUUCUUCAAGGAUCAUAUGGGAGUUCCAUUACUUAUGGAACCCAAUUUUGCUGAUUACAGCUGUCAGUUCAAAUUCGGAGUUCUUGCCCCACCGCAUGAGGACGAUAGUGUCUUGAAGGAACCUUGCUUGGAAAUAUGUCCGAAUGCAGCAAAACGAAGAACAGUUGCCCGAAAUAUAGAUGUAACUACGUGCCCGAAGACAUAACUUCUGGUCAGGGGCUUUCAGAGCAUUGAUGUACAUGGCUUCAAAAUACCAUGCACAUUAUUGCCCCAACUUGUCUUUGAGCAAGGAACUGAGGUUAUGGAUAUUCUUGCUUCAUAGUUGUAAAUUACUUUUUAAGUAUAUAUACAAAAUUUAAGAAACAUUUUUUU